GGGGGAAGUUGUGGAUGUGGAGUUAGCUGGGAGCUGAAGGUAUAGUUGAUGCGCUUGUCUCUGCCGUAUCGUGGGCGGAGGGAGAUGGGAAUAUCAGGCGAGAAUGAUCGCGUUUAUUGGUAUAUAAUUUAGCAAGAGCAUUCAGUCUUGUCCACCAUGUUUCCUAGGCACAUUUUCACCUGUCAGUGUACACUACCGGAUAAAGAGCGGGUGUUAUUUUUCGAUGAGGCAUUGGAUCAUCCGUCCGUGAUCUCCAUUACUCUGUCAACAAAACUUCCCCUCAGCCCGUCUAUCAACAACACUUGUUCCGUAGACGACACAAAUAUAUGUAAGACCCGAUGUGCGCUCGCAUGUUCGCUCUGUGGUGCAGUUUCUCUCAUAAACUCUCGUUCGUUUCGCCGCACAACAAACGAACAUCCACAUACUCUAUGUAUAGGCCAUCCUACGUCAUCUUUUCGUUCCCACGCAGUGUGCUUCCGCCGUCGCACAGAACAAGCUAUGGCUUUGUCUGUGCACGCGACUGAGCUAAAAAAUGUGAGUGUUCUGGACAUCUUUUCUAUGCAAUCAGACUUCCUCACGCGGGCAGCGCUCUACCUUGUCUCACUUCUGCCGAGAAUCCGAAGUUAGAGUAGAGCUAACCUGACGCCUUCUUGGACUCGGGGUUGGUUGCGGUCUAACCUUGUUUGGCUGGGCUCUUUUUCCUGAACAAAUGAACGCGGAGGUCAGGCGGACGGACAAGGACCUGAAUUUCCUCUAGUCUGAUGCUCGUGAUCAGGCACAGCGGCCGCGCCGGGGGGGUGUAUGAUCUGGACAGCUUAGAACGCAUGUGGGGUGCUUGAUAUCCGACUUUACGGCCCCUACUUAUCGGGAUGCGCG